UUCCACGGACAUUCUUAUAUAUGUGUAUAUAAACACGUUAAUUGCCAUCGUACAUACAUAUACAUAUUCCACGUCUCCCACGUUGUAUGUAUAUACAUAUUACAGUCUCCCACGAAGAAAUUUAGUUUGUACGUGUGUUUAUAGAAAUGGCGUCCGAUGGUCAACAAUUCCCACCCCAACAGCAGGAUUCUCAGCCUGGAAAGGAGCAUGUCAUGGAUCCUCAUCCCCAAUAUUCUUCCCAUCAAUAUAAGCCAUCCAACAAGCUUCAAGGAAAGAUAGCGCUGGUGACAGGAGGCGACUCGGGCAUAGGGCGGGCGGUGUGCCACUGCUUCGCGCUGGAGGGUGCGACUGUGGCCUUCACUUACGUGAAAGCGCAGGAGGAAAAAGACGCAGAAGAGACGGUGGGAAUUCUAAAGAAAGCCAAAAGUGGGGACGCCAAAGACCCGAUAGCGAUAGCCGCGGACUUGGGGUUCGACGAGAAUUGCAAGAAGGUAGUGGAUGAAGUGGUGAAAGCCUUUGGGCGGAUUGAUAUUCUGGUGAACAAUGCCGCAGAGCAAUAUGAGUCAAACUCGGUGGAGGAGAUCGAUGAAGCCAGGCUUUUGAGGGUGCUCAGGACCAAUAUCUGCUCCUACUUUUUCCUCACCAGACAUGGGUUGAAGUAUAUGAAGGAAGGGAGCUCAAUAAUCAACACCACAUCAAUCAAUGCCUACAAAGGACACGCAAAGCUGCUGGAUUACACGGCUACAAAAGGUGCAAUAGUGGCGUUCACGAGAGGGCUAGCACUGCAGCUUGUGAACAAGGGCAUACGCGUGAACGGCGUUGCUCCGGGGCCAAUAUGGACGCCGUUGAUCCCUGCGUCCUUCACCAAAGAAGAGUGUGCCAGUUUCGGUAAAGAUGUGCCGAUGCAGCGAGCCGCCCACCCCAUUGAAGUCGCUCCCUGCUACGUUUUCCUCGCCUCUUCCCCCGACUCCUCUUAUAUCUCCGGCCAAGUCCUCCACCCUAAUGGUGGGGUGGUAGUCAAUGGCUAAUUGGAUGGUGGAAAGUUUGGAAUGCAGUGUGUGUUUUCUAACGUACGUUACAUGUCCACUUUUUGUUGUUGAAAGCUCUGCUUUAGUUUGUAGCGAUAGUAUAUCUACAAUAUUAUUUCAUUUGGCGAGCUGUUUUGUAUAAUUUUCUGCCCGUAUACGGGAACAUAAGUAGUAAUUUUCUGCCCGUAUACGGGAACAUAAGUAGUAUCUCUUGUGAGGUUUCCUGUGUAAUAUACUAAUAUAUGUAAGCAUGUGGGUGCACUACUUCUUACAAUUCUUUCCUCCACAUAAAAAU